AUGGCCGCAGAGCAGCAGCAACAACCGGUGGCCGGUGGUGCUCAGAGCAACAGCUUCUCGCUGUUUCCCAACCCAAACGUCUCACGACCGCCGCCGCCCGUCAUCCGGUUACACCCCAACCCCCGGCCGAAGCGCUCGGCGUCGCGCGAGCGGGCUCGACAAGAGCAGCAGCAACACCUCCAGCAAGCUCACCAGGAACAGCAAUCAAGGUUAUAUACGCCGCCCCACGACCACUCCUCGGACUCGGACUCUCCCCAAUCCUCCCCGCCUCAGCACCAUACGACACCACCACCUCGACCAGGAGCAGCCGCCCAUACCCCUCUGCAGUUCGACCCCGUCUCCAGUUCCGUCGCCUCGCCGCAGCAAGCCGCCGACAUGUCUGGCCAUUCAGAGACAGCAUUUCACAGCAGAGACACGCCGGCCCGCAGCGGGAGUGUCCGCUCACGCAGCUCCAUCGCCAAGCCGCCUCUAGACUUUGAUGGUCCGUCAUCGUCGUCGUCCCGAGCGGCGCCCGCCCCGCUCCGGUCCAUCUUCCCGACGUAUAACCCGGAACUGUCUCUGGACCAGCAGGCCUACGGGCCGACGCAGCUGAGCCCCUCCCACAUCCCCCGGGCCGUAAUCAGUCGCCAGAGCUACUACGACCCCGACGCCAUGAGCACCACCAUCGGCGAGGCGUAUACGACCGAGCCGCUGCCCGAGAUGCCCGAGCAGUACCAAGCGCCGCGGAGUCCACCGCAACGGCACCAGCAGCAGGACACAGCUGCUUUUUCGGCCGUCUCUCGCGGCGGACCGACACGCACCACCACGCUGAGCCCGCCCGUGAUUCCCAAGACGAGCACCACCGACCAGCUGAAGACGUUCUGGAAGGCGGCCAACGGCUGGAAAGCGGCCCCGUCCGAGGGCCGCGUCUUCUGUCUCAAGCUGUCGCAGCUAAAGGACGCUCCCGUAUACACCCUAUCAUCCGCCUCGCAGCCAUUCUACAGUCUGCGUGUCGAUCCCACGUCCGCCUCGGCCUUGGUCUCGCUGUCCCGCCACGACCCCAACAAGACCUACAAGCCGCCCAAGGUGGAUGCCUCGUCCUCGUCCUCCAGUCCGAGCCUCAGCGGCGGCGGUCCGGCCCCGAAAUCCGAGUCCAAGCACUGGCAGCAAGUCCUGCACACCACGAUUGAGGAGGAGUCCCGGAAGCACCCUCCCAACGACGGGCUGGUCGCGCUGCUCAUGCCGGAUCCCGCCACCAAGAUGGCCUUGGAGCGGGCCAACGAGCCGAGCCUUGUGGCCAUGGCGGAGCGGGAGUGCGCGCGGCUCGUCUGGGACGAGGACAGCGCCAGCAACUACCUGGUGCACCCGGCCCUCGCCGCGCCCUUUUGCAUCACGGCCGAGCGGUGCCCGGCGUGGUCACGCGUGGAGUACACGCUCGAGCACCACGAGUCCCCGCGGCAUCUCGCCAAGCUCACCCGCGACGGCACGGGUGGGGGGUGGCUCGAGAUUGACACAUCGGUUGCGUCCCACAUCGAGGCCUACUACAUCAUCGAUGUGGCCGUCGCCGCGCUCCUCAUCGUCGCCUCCUCCGACGAGCGGAGCGGCAACGGCCCCGUCUGCGGCGGCGGUGGCGGCGCUGUCUCGCUCGCGGGCAUGGAGACGUUUGAGCCGCCGCCCGCGCCACCGGAGCCCGCGACACGCAGUGAUAGCCGGGGCAGCGGGCGCUUCAGCCGACUGAGCGUCGUCCGCAAGGACGAUCGGAAGCAGAAGCAGCAGCCGCGGCGGCCGAUGGAGGAAUUUGAGCUCGAUCUCGAGAGCCAGGACGGCAGCCUUGCCAAGGGCGGCAGCGCACGGGUGCGGACGCGGAGCAAGAACAAGAGCAAGGACAAGGAAAAGGAGGACAAGCUGCCGUUCUUGGUGCGCGCGGGCAUCAAGGUCACCAAGGGCAUGUUCAAGUGCAUCAUUUGGAUAUUGACGGCGGUGUUCAGGGUGUUGUUUCGGUGCGUGCGGUCCAAGUAUUAG